AUGAAUAACUUCCAGGAUACUAUGGAUCACACACAAGAAAAUGAAAUUCUUGUAGCAACCCAAAUGUACUGUGUGGAGCGGCCCAUCUAUAGCUAUCCAGCCCUACAUGGGAAGCUACACAAGAAGAACAAGGUUUCUGACCCUAUUGGAGAUAAGAUAAAACGAGCUUUAAGCUGCACUCCUAAGAAAAUAAGGAAUAUUAUCUAUAUGUUCUUGCCCAUAUGUAAAUGGUUGCCAGCUUAUAAACCAAGGGAAUAUGUAUUUGGGGACUUUGUCUCAGGUAUAAGUACAGGGGUGUUACAUCUUCCUCAAGGUUUAGCUUUUGCAAUGUUGGCAGCUGUGCCUCCAGUAUUUGGCCUGUAUUCUUCAUUUUAUCCUGUUAUCCUGUAUUGUUUUUUUGGAACUUCCAGACACGUUUCCAUAGGGCCCUUUGCUGUGAUUAGCCUAAUGAUUGGUGGAGUGGCUGUCCGAUUAGUUCCUGAUGACAUGUACGUAGGUGGAGGAGGUGCGAAUUCAACUAAUGGUACAGAAGAAAGAGACGCUAUGAGAGUAAAAGUCGCCAUGUCAGUGACUUUGCUUUCAGGAAUCAUUCAGUUUUGCUUGGGUGUCCUGCGGUUUGGAUUUGUGGCCAUAUACCUAACAGAGCCCUUAGUCCGUGGUUUCACGACUGCAGCUGCCGUACACGUCUUCACUUCCAUGUUAAAAUAUCUGUUUGGAGUGAAGACAAAGCGACACAGUGGACCCUUUUCAGUUGUCUAUAGUACUCUUGCUGUGAUAGCAAAUGUCAAAAAACUCAACAUAUGUUCCCUCAUCGUUGGGUCGAUGUGUUUUGCUUUGCUGCUGGGUGGCAAGGAGUUUAAUGAAAGAUUUAAAAACAAAUUGCCCGCACCUAUUCCUUUAGAGAUUGUUGCAGUGAUAAUAGGAACUGGCAUUUCAGCAGGAUUUAAUUUAGAAGAAUCCUACAAAGUGGAUGUUGUUGGAUCACUCCCGCUGGGGUUAUUAGCUCCAGCUACUCCAGAUUCCAGCCUCUUCCAUCUUGUCUAUGUUGAUGCUAUUGCCAUUGCAAUUGUUGGAUUUUCAGUGACCAUCUCAAUGGCCAAAAUCUUUGCAGUUAAACACGGCUACCAGGUUGAUGGGAAUCAGGAACUCAUCGCUCUAGGCAUAUGCAAUACCAUUGGAUCACUUUUCCAAACUUUCUCCAUUUCAUGUUCCUUGUCUCGGAGUCUUGUUCAAGAGAGUACUGGAGGAAACACGCAGCUUGCAGGUUGCUUAGCCUCUUUAUUGAUUCUGUUGGUUAUAUUGGCCAUUGGCUUUCUCUUCGAAUCAUUGCCCCAGGCGGUGCUAUCGGCCAUCGUGAUUGUGAACUUGAAAGGAAUGUUUAUGCAAUUCUCAGAUCUCCCCUUUUUCUGGAGGACCAGCAAAAUAGAACUGACUAUUUGGCUUACCACUUUUGUUUCCUCCCUGUUCCUUGGAUUAGACUAUGGUCUAAUAACUGCAGUGAUAAUUGCUCUGAUGACUGUUAUUUACAGAACACAAAGUCCAACCUACACAGUUCUUGGUCAGCUUCCCAACACGGAUGUAUAUAUUGAUAUAGAUGCAUAUGAAGAGGUGAGAGAGCAUGCUGGGAUAAAAAUAUUCCAAAUAAAUGCCCCAAUUUAUUAUGCCAAUAGUGACUUGUACAGUAAUGCACUAAGUAGAAAGACAGGAGUUAACGCAGCACGUAUAAUGGCAGCAAGGAGAAAAGUCCUGAAGAAGCAUGCCAAGGAAUUAGGGACCAAAGGCAAACCCCAGUCUUCUGUUGUAAAAGUUGAUGAGGAUGCCGAAGCAGGUGGGGAAGAAGAGGAAAAACAAGAAGAACAGAUAGAGGAAAAUGCAAAACCGAUGACAAUUGAUUCACUGGUCCAAAAGACAUUUCCAGAAGAACUGGAGAGGUUUUUGCCCCCAGGGCCAAACGUUCACACUAUGAUUUUGGAUUUCUCACAAGUCAAUUUUAUUGAUUCAGUUGGAGUAAAAACUGUAUCAGGGAUCCUAAAAGAAUAUGGAGAUGUUGGUAUUUAUGUAUAUUUAGCUGCAUGCAGUGCCCAAGUUGUAAAUGACCUCACCCAAAACAGGUUUUUUGAGAAUCCAUGUGUAAAGGAGCUACUAUUCCACAGCAUUCAUGAUGCAGUUUUAGGCGCUAAAGUUCGAGAAGCCCUUGCACAGCAAGAAGCCUUAGCCCCACCUCCAGAGGAGGACUCAGAGCCGAUAGUUGACCCAGAGACAUAG